AUUCGACAAUGUUCAACUAUGUCUUAUCUAAAGCGUGAUGGGUUAUCUCCAACCAAUCAUAUUACAUUUUUCGUUUUGGGGGCGGAGUGCACAAAUACCAUAAAACUAAAGAUUUUUCCGAAAUGUUUUCAUGAUUUAUAUUCUCACUAGAAACUAAGCUAAAUCUUCACGAGCAAACAUGGUUGAGUGGACAGACGAAGAGCGCGCGGCCAUCUCCAACAUCUUCUCCAAACUAGACUAUGACGAAAUUGGCCAAAAGUCCCUGUCAAGGUGUCUGAUCGUGUACCCCUGGACCCAGAGGUAUUUCGGGGGCUUCGGCAACCUGUACAACGCAGAGGCCAUCAUGAACAACCCUCUGAUUGCUAAGCACGGCACCACGGUGCUGCGCGGUCUGGACAGAGCUCUGAAGAACAUGGACGACAUCAAGAACACAUACGCCGAGCUGAGCGUUCUGCACUCUGAGAAACUGCACGUGGAUCCCGACAACUUUAAGCUGUUGUCUGACUGUCUGACCAUCGUCAUCGCUGGGAAGAUGGGCAACGCAUUCACACCCGAAUAUCAGGCAUCCUUCCAGAAGUUCUUGUCAGUGGUGGUGUCUGCUCUGGGCAGGCAGUACCACUAGAGUCAGUCUCCAUAUAGCUGACCGAGGGGACAGCCUGUGUGCUCAUGUGUUUCACUCCUCAAUGAAGAAAUAAAAUAAGCAUAUAAGCA